GAGGGGAGAGAGAGAGAGUAUUUGUGAAUGGAGGUAGGAGAUGCACUAGACGAGAUGAAGAGGCAGUUGAAGCUCGGGUUGCCAAUUUCCUUCACGAAUGUGCUCAACACGAGCCUCCUAUUCGUGUCUCUCAUGUUCGUCGGUCACCUGAGCGACAGCGAGCACGUCUUCGCCGGCACAGCGUUGGCCACCAGCUUUUCUUUUGUCACUGGAUUCAGCAUAAUGAUUGGACUGAGCAGUGCACUAGACACAUUCUGCGGUCAAGCUUUCGGUGCAAAAGAAGAAGCUUCUGUUGGUGUACACACGCAGAGAGCUAUGCUAGUGUUAAUAACCAUCUGCGUUCCAGUGUCAGUAAUGUGGAAUUUUACAGAGCCUAUACUGAUAUUCAUUCGACAAAAUCGUGAUGUUUCUACCGAGGCCGCUUCCUACAUCCGAUGGCUGAUCCCAGGACUAUUUGGUUACGCACUCGUUCAAUGCCAGACUAAAUUCCUGAACAAUCAACGAGUAGUGAUUCCCUUGAUGCUUAGCUCAUUGAUCUGUUCAGUACUCAACGUACCGUUGUGCUGGCUUCUUGUUUUCAAGUCUCCUUUUGCAAACAAGGGUGCUGCCAUGGCUCUCUCUAUCUCAUAUUGGUUCAAUGCUAUCUUUCUUGCACUUUACAUCAGAUUUUCACACACUUGUAAGGCAACAUGGAAAGGGUUUUCGAGGGAUGCCUUCCACCAUGUGUCUCAGUUCCUCAAGCUUGCUGCCUCGUCAGCAUUGAUGCUAUGUUUAAGAUUCUGGUCGUUGGAGCUUCUAGUGCUUCUUUCUGGUAUUCUCCCGGACCCAAAACUCGAAACUUCAGCAUUCUCGAUUACGCGUAAUACUUCAUCAAUCGUUACCAUGAUCGCCUUUGGUUUGAGCAGUUCUGUCAGCAUACGUGUAUCAAACGAGUUGGGUGCUGGUCGUCCAAAAGAAGCGCGCAAAGUUAUAUUAAUAGCUUUGUUUAUAGCUACCUCUGAAGGCUUGAGCAUGUCCUUACUUCUAGUCUUGUUAAGAAAUAUAUGGGGAAAGCUUUAUAGCAACGAAACCAAAGUUGUGAAGUAUGUGGCCAAUAUAUUACCUUUGGUCGCCAUUUGCCAUAUUGUUGAUUCAAUACAGUGCUUGUUUUCAGGUACAUUAAGGGGAUGUGGUUUGCAAAAGAAAGGUGCAAUAAUAAUUUUAGGAACGACGUACAUAAUUGGCGUCCCUCUUUCAGUUGUUUUGGGAUUUGUUGUUCAUAUGAGAGCAAAGGGCUUUUGGAUCGGGUUCAUCAUCGCAUUGUGCGUUCAAGAUUUGAUAUUCGGAAUGGCAUUUUUAUGCAUUGAUUGGGAGAACCUGGCUGCAAAAGCUAAAGAGAGAGUACAUAUUUCCAUCUCGCAAAAAGAGAACGUCUACAAUAGAGAGGGUGAGACAGAUAUAGGGCAACUUCAAGGUAUAAGGAGCACGUAACAGAAGAUCAUGUUUCUCCACCCCACAUGCCUUGAUCAGAAAACCAACGGAUGUACGUGGACAAAGUUUAACCUACUUUGCUCCUUGGGCACAUCACAGAAAAAAAAAAACUAUUGCCUUCAGCUUAUGCCCCAUAA